CAGUAUUAAUUACUGUCUCAGAACUCGACUCUGCUGGUUUACAUUAUACAGAUAUUGUGCUUCUACAGAGACCACCGCUCAUUGACUAAACGAUUAGUUUUAUAUAUAUACGCCGGUAUAGAAGUCUCAAUCAGUUGCGCCAUUUAGGCGAACGGCAUUUAAAUUUUCACGGCACUUAACAAUCUGAGUAGAUAAGUUACACCAGUCAAUCCGAUAUAAUCGAUGGGGUAGGGUUAAAGGGUCUGUAGACGACAAUCAUUAUAGGGUAGCGCUUGCUACCCUAUAAUGAUUGUCGUCUACAGACGCUACCCAGUUAUAUGCGUGUGUAUCUUUGUCAUAGAACUAGGUUUUGGUGCCAGAUACAGCAGGUGCAUGCUAUCAAACUAAAAGCCAGUCACCAUCAGGUGACCAGGACUCUCCAGUUUAUGUAAAAUUUUAUUUAUGUAAAAUGUCGAAGGCUCGCGCCUGUAGUUGAAGAUUGCCCCUCCCCCCUCCUGUGGCGCGCACAUUUAAUAUAUCUAGUGUGGAUACCGACAGAAAAGAUAUUUUUUUUUUGUUUUACGUCCGGCAUUUAAGCCUUUAGGCAUUACUUGAAACGAGAUGACUGCAUAAGAGAUACGCUAGCGUCUGUAGAGAACGUUUUUCGAAAUGCUAGCCUCUUUGCUUUGAGUAAACGGAACGCUGAAUAAAACGUGUAUUACUAGGGACGAAUAGCUGCAGUUGACUGUUCAGUUAUCGAUAGAGUAAGUUGGCCAGCUAUUGCUGUACGACCGCAGGGGGGAAGUUGUUCAUUGAAGGAAGCAUAGGCGACAGUAAAGGCAACGGCCUCUGACGCGAAAAUCGUAGCUGGCAGCUACGGCCUGCCGAAACAGCCCCAAGGGACAGUGGCGCUCUGCUUCAUUAUAAGUACAGCAUGACAAGCAAGAUGUCACACGUAGCAGGGAAAAGCUGCGAGGCCACAGAGAAGAACAUGACAUGAAGGGACACGCAACGCUGCCAUUGCUGUUUCCUGUUACUCAGCAGCGCGGACUCUGUCAUGGGAGGAGACACGCACAUCGCGAUCCAAAGAAAGUGUUUAUUGCACGCGUGGGCCACUGGAACGCUGAUAGCGGAUUCACGUUGAAAGACACAUAUGUUCCUGAUAUAUUCCUUCUGGAGCAAGCCUUGGAUGACGAUGAAUCUCAGGUACGCGGACUUGUGGCAAUCGUUGACAUGGCCGGCUUUUCGUUUUGGCAUAUGCGCCAACUCAGCUUCAGUCAUAUAAAGGGAUAUGUUGGGCGGCGGCCCUUACUGCAGCGCCGUCGAACGCUGCUGGGGAGGAUGCAGACUGAUGGCCGACCGCGACAUCGACCCGAUUUAAUGACGAUGAUGGUACUUGUACAUACCGUUCAGGAUGCAUUUCCUGCUCGUUUCAAGGCUAUUCAUGUGGUCAACCAGCCGGGCCUGUAUGACUACAUCUAUGCGUGCAUUCGACCCUUCCUUAAGCCAAAAAUUAUGAAGCGGAUUCAUCUACACGGCAGUGAUAUGACGUCGCUGCAUGAGCACAUCGACCCAGAGAUACUUCCCGAGGAGUAUGGUGGCCAGGCUGGGCCUUUCAAUAAUGACUGGAUUUGUCAGCAACUCUACCAGCGGGACGAGGAGUUCCGCAAGUACAGCCACUACGGAUUUCCCAGAAAUGAGAAAUAAACUUGUUUUAGUUGUACUUGACCAUCACAUACGUUGGUUUAGCUCGUAGGCGAUUUACGUUUUGCAAGACUAACAGCGAUCGCAUGACGAUGUUUAUUCAUUAGCCUUUGAGGACAAGCAAUACAUAUCUAAGCCGAAGAAUAGAAUGACUGAAAUUUUUGCCCAUCUGACAUUUUGCAGCGUUUCGCUUAUUUUGUUUAGCGUGUUGGACAAAGACAUGCUGCAUUAUCUUUUCUUCUAUAUCCUAUAUAUAUAUAUAUAUAUAUAUAUAUAUAUAUAUAUAUACACAGACAUACAGAUAACACUGUGCUAGCUAUGUAAUGGCUGUUCAACUCUAUAUAGAUAUAUAGCACCAGUGCAUACUUCAUAAUAAUACACUAAAUAGAUAAUUUUUCCUUGAACCUAUGCAGACCACAAACACACCUGUCAUUUGUCCGUAACGAAGUUGUGUCUAUAUCAAAAAUAGACUUCGUGUAUUCGGGUCAUGCUAUAUUUGUGAUUUGACGCCCCUUGAUAUAGUACUGAAGAGGCCUGAUAUAUAUCCCUUGCGGAUGAGAAAUUUUCUUCCUGCUUCGUGCUAUCUACCUAGCAUUGUGUUAUUCCUAGGAGGUGUUGUUUUCCUCAGAAGCUCAAAAGUUAGAACUUUUUGAAAGUUUAAACGUUUCUCCAAUUUUAUUGUUGUAUUCAUAUGAGGUUGCCCGUAUUUUUUUGGGUUUUAGCAACCUAAUUUGGUUGUAUUAAGCUGAUAGCCUGUAGGCUGACAUGUGAGAUGUUAUCUGUUGGUAGAAAUCUAACAACUUCUAUUGCCACCAGUUAUUUUGUGAAUAGUAGAUGGAACGAUGACAUGAUGACGAAAAGCAGUAGCAACCGAUAUAUAGCGAAACAAAAACAUUUUCAACAUGACCAAGUGAGAUAUAUAAAUCGGUUGAAGAACACAUACAACCGACGUAGACUGUAUGGUGUAUAAAACAAAGGGAUAAAAGAAAUAAAUUUUACAAAUAAGAUUUGUUUCAAUUAUAUUGCACGUAUUCCUUCGCUAUUCUCUGUUUGGCUUUUUAUUAGCUUGGCUUAAAUUGUAAUGCUCUUCCAGCAAUAAAUUGCCUUGGAACGGGUAAAAAAAUUUCCUUAUACUCCACCUUUUUCUGCGAGCUGGCGAGCAAGAAGGAAGGCUCAUCCUGAAUCUGCUAUUCCUCGUCUGCUGGUAGCGCCGUGCCACUUAUCACAUACUAUUCUAUGCGUUGAGGAUCCCAAAUGGUUUGCGAACUAACGCCAUAGGACUAAUCGGUAUCUGCAUUGCAAAACAUCACGAAGCUUUGUUUUGGCCGUUAGCUCGACAAAUUCGUAUAUAGUGACGAUGCAAUGCAUGGCAAAACCCCUACAGUUUCUCACAGUGCAGGCAACAAUUCGUUUCCAAGUGUAGCAACUGCAGAGCUUGCGGAGGUAUCGGGCUAGGACGAGGCCAGUGUGUUUU